AUGAAAAAUUCAAAAUUAUUAAGAACAAUUUUAAUGGUUUAUCAUAUACAACAAGUAAAACAAAAGUUCAAUCCAUCUGCUAAAGGUUUUGAAAAUUUGUUGGGAUUUUGUGUUAUAAAUCAAUUAAAACAGAUGAAUGAAUCAGAAAAGGUCGUGUUAAAUAUUGGUGGUAUGCCAGUAAUUUAUGACGUAUCGAAAAACAUUAGCAUCAUGUCCAAACACACUUCUAGGGAUUGGACAUGUUUUAAAUACAUCUUACAAUAUUAUCGUUAUAAAAAAGUUUUUUGGCCAUUAAAAAAUAAUCCAUUUGAACCUUCUCAUGAACAAAUUAUAAGAGAACUAAAUUUUUUUAAAAUCCCUUAUUCCUUACCCAUCGUGAAUGAGAAUCAAGAAGUCAUUGAAAGGUGUGAAGUUGACUUUGUUGACGAAGCAACGAAAAAUCUUAAUUUAUUUAUACAAAUGAUACAUCAAGUUAUAUUCGAAUCUCGUAGUAAUUUCAAAAAUCAAAUUGAACUCACAUUCUUACAAUCUCAAGACAAUCACAAUUCAGUCUCACAUGAUUCAACAACUUCAACACAAGUAUCUGGCUCAAAAAAGUAUACAGUUUUACCUCGGAUACAAAGGAUACAAUCUUUAGCAUUUAAAUUCAAAGAAAAUGGUUUUGAUAUAUUAGAAUUAUUUGGUGAUGAAAUUUCUAAUUAUUUUAUUCAAAGAAAUAUUAAUUUUGAAAUUAUUACAAGUCAUGAUCCAAAUCUCUAUAGAAUUAUUAUACAAUUACCGAAAUUUGAUAUAAUGAAUAAGACGCAAAUAUUUGAAAAUUCUAUCAUGAAAUUACCAACACCACAAUGGCAAGCUGAAUCAUAA